AAAGUUCUCUGGUUUCUUCUUGAUAACAAUCCUAGUAUGUACAGGUUCAGCAACACAGUGAUUGGGGUCAUAAACCUUCUCAGCUUACUAGCUUCAAUACCAAUCAAAGGAACUGCUCUAUGGAAGGCAAGAAGCAGUAAAACUUGCGAGAACUUCCUCCAGACACCGCUUCUCGUGAUAGGAUUCAUCAUACUGUUAGUAUCCCUUGCUGGUUUCAUAGGAGCUUGUUUCAACGUGGCAUGGGCUCUGUGGGUGUACUUAGUUGUCAUGAUCUUCCUCAUAGCGACUCUCAUGGGUCUAACGCUCUUUGGUCUUGUGGUGACUAGCCAAGGAGGUGGUGUGGAAGUACCAGGGAGGGUUUACAAAGAAUAUAGACUUGGAGAUUAUCAUCCGUGGCUGAGAGAGAGAGUUAGAGAUCAAGAGUAUUGGAACUCCAUUAGAAGCUGUAUCUUGACUUCAAAGACUUGUUCUAAGAUUGAAUCUUGGACUACACUUGAUUAUUUCCAAAGGGAUAUGACUUCUGUUCAGUCGGGAUGUUGUAAGCCACCAACGGCGUGCACGUACGAGACUGGAGUAAUAGUCGGAGGAGAAGAUUGCUAUAGAUGGAACAAUGGUAUUGAAACGUUAUGCUACGAGUGUGAUGCUUGUAAAGCUGGUGUUCUUGAAGAGAUCCGUCUUGACUGGAGAAAGUUAUCGGUUGUCAACAUUCUAGUCCUAGUCCUCCUCAUCACAGUCUACGCUGCAGGUUGCUGCGCUUUCCAUAACACUCACCACGCUGCUCAUCCUUAUCACCCAUCUGAUGAUAACCGCAUGACCAAAGUCCGUCCUCGUUGGGACUAUUACUGGUGGAGAUGGUGGCAUGAAAAGAAAGAACAGCUUUACUGAGAGCCUCGUAGUAAUUUGUUUUUCUUCUUCUUUUCAUCAUUUUUUUCUAUUUACCAACUUGAGAUUAAGAAAACACAAAGAUAAGAAGUGUUGAUGUACUUCUGUUUUUUUUUUAAAUCAUCAAAGAAACAUACAUGGAAGAUGAAU